UCUCAUCACAUGGUCCAUAUGCCCGGAGAAAGUGAGCGAUCAUCGCAGCCUCUGCGCUCUCGAAACUCAAUCAGAAUAGGCGGCAUUGAGCGCGCUCCACAGCAGAUGAACUGAGAGCACAAGACCAGCCACGAUGCUCAGCCUGCAGCGGUGUGCGCCGGAGGAGAGCUGAGGAGCCGCGGCCAUGCCGGAGAAGAGCGCACAGUAGAAGUCUUCUCACUGAGGACGGCAGGGAUGCUGCGCGCCGCAUCACUCUCUCUGGCUCUGUGAAACGCACGGUGCCCCGGACGAGCCAUACGGCUGGACCUGUGUGUGUGUGUGUGUGUGUGUCUACAGCUCAGUGGAAUGAUUUCAGAUCUCCCCAAGGUGCUGAUACUGGGGGCCAUCGCCGCCGCCUCUGCCUUUGUGGUCACCAUCCUUAUUGUCUUGGUGUGUGUGGGGUGUCAGAGAAAAAGCAAGAGCAAACAUGGCCACGCCAACGGAGGGGCUCAGAAAAAGGAAACAGCUGCUCUGCGCCAGUCCAAGCUGAACUCAAUGAGUAAAUCUGACACCCGCCUGCAUGACAUGCACAGGCUGCCCUGCAACGCCAAUGGCGCCCCUAAGAGCCGGCCGGCCAGCAUGGAUCUUCUGCUCCUGCAUACCUGCCACUCCAAUUCUGACCUCCGUCCCAGCUCAAGCCGCCAGCUGCCUCGUGCUCCCAACAAAAAUGAGAAUGAGGAACGCGAACACACCUACUCUGAAGUUUGCCGCCGCUCCUCUCCCACAUCCCACCCGCCAGAUGAUGGCCUGUACGAGAGUGUUGGGAUCAAAGGGGUGGGGCCUGAUAAAGCUGCCCCACCUGCUGCCCCUGCCCCGACGUCAACCAACACGCCCACUCAGCGCCGUGCCCACAGCCCGACGCUCAAUGGGAACGGCCGAGGUGGAAGCAGAGGAGGCAUGAACGGCGUGAGUCAAGACGAAGUAACGGCAGAAUACGCCUCCAUACGGAAGGUGAAGAAGCUGGAGCGCGGCAGGAGGGAGGAAGUGGUGGAGGAUGGAGAAAGGGAGCACCAGAGCGUGUCCAGCAGCGAAUCCUCCAGCAGCACUUUGCCUAGGAAAACAGUGGAACCAUUUCACCUACCCAAUUUCCCAAAGGAGGCGGUCUUCAUGGGCAACGGAGAGCAGUACAUUUGGAAACCACCAGAAGAGGAUGAGAUGAUCAUGCCAGUUGUUCCUCAGCUGGAGAACGGACACAGCCAUCCCACCGCCGUGGAGAUCUCUGACAUGUACUCUACCGUCUGUAAGACCCUGAAGAGGAAACACCAGCAGGGUCAAAGCCAGGAGGAUAGCAGGCCGACGGCCUCUGCUGCGUCCCCAGCGGUGGACCGAGGCGGCACGGGCUGGCCUUCCGCCGGUGCUGCAGGGGAAGAACCGUGGGGGAGGAGCGGCCCCCAGGAGGAGCCCUGCUACGAGCCUGUGGGCGAGAAGACAUGGCCCCGGGGCCUGGCGCAAGAGUCAGACCCGGCCUACGCCACAAUUGAUUCCCACCGGAAACGGGAGAAGCUGGCCAGCAACACGCUGAAGCCUAAAAAGAAACCCGUUCAGGUUCCAGGCAGAGCCAUGACCUGCGAGAACUUUUACGAGACUAUCGGCGACGUGAAGCAGGGAGCAAACGCAGCGAGCACCACCACUAUCUUUACCUUUAACGACGGCAUGGAAAUGAGCUUGGAUUAGGAUCGGGGAAAAUAAUAUCACAAUGGAGCAACCUCUGCAAGGGGAAACCAUUCGAGAUGAUCCCCGAAGACUUCCGAAAGCCAUCGGCAUGAAAUAAAACAUCUCCAAUGCAUGGUUGGUGAUUUUACUACACAAUGCAUAUUCAGAUCAUUGAAGUCUGUUGGAGGGCUACAGGAAAGGCCCGGAGGAAAGGGAUUUUGGGAUUCGAGAGGGCCAAAUUAUCAGCUCAGGGAUGGAUAGAUAGAUGGAUAGAGUUCAUUAAGGAUAAAUAACCAAUAUACUGUCCUCAUCCAUGUCACAUGCAACCUCUGGUGAGAAACGUUGGGUUUGUCAUGUCAGUUUUAAUAUAUACCAAGAUGAAAGAUUUUUAUGGCACUCUAUUUUCUUAUAAAAUUGUAUUGGUUAACUCGUUUCCACUUGUAGCAACGUGUUGAGAAAGCUACUAUCACUGCCAUUCACGUGUUCCACUGUUCUGUUCAAGUAUAGGCUGCAACUAUUUCCUUGCUCGCAAUGCAUGCUUCUGGAAACAAAAGCUCUCGCUUUUUUUUUCUUUCUCCUCUCUGGUGCAUCAGAUAUAAUGUAUGAUUCAUUCCCGUGCCUCUCACUAUAAGACAUAGUGCCAAAAAACGGAAUACCGGUCACCAAAUGGGAAGUGGAGACACCACAGGCAACUGCUUCUGAGAGGUUAUGGAUCUUCUCAGGGAGCACAAAGCACAUAUCUGGUCCAGGACUCGUCCAAAACGGUGGGGAUCUGGUCUCAAAGCAACUGUAGGCCCAUUAUUAACAUGUGUCCUUCAGAUUUGACGUUUGCCAUAUUGAGGGAGGAAGUGUGCUCCAAUUUAGCUUUGGCUCGGCGGUUCCUCCCAAUCCUGAGUCUGUCCUUCUAGCACAGGGCUCGCUUUGUAUUGCGAGGUGGAUCGGUGCUUUUGAUGUUGUCACUUCUGAGAGAGGCUGGGAGAACCAAUCGUCUGGCCGUGCAUUGUUUUUGAUGAAAACGAGAUCUUUCAGGGUGUGAUUUGUACAGGUUGCACAAGGGUUUAUUGGUUUUUCAAUCAUGUUUGUUCUUAAAAGAGGCCGAGAAAUGACAUGCCCAAAGUAUGAUAUUUAUUGGCAAGCAUGUAAAUAAAAUAUCUAUUAAAAAUCUAUCUGCUUGCGUUCAACAGACGUAUCGACUGAUGUGAUGCUUCUUAUUCACUCAACCAUAUGUGGUUAAACAGAAAUAGACAUUCUACCAUAACAAAACAGACCAAAUCGCAUGUAUAUAGAGCGUACUGCAAUGCAACAUAACUAUAUUAUAAAAGAAAAGCUCUGGUAUUGAUGUUUUAAAAAGCAAUGAAAGGUUUCUACUUCUGCUGUUUAGGUUGUAUGUUGUGAAGUGUGUACAUAGUAACACUGCUUCCCCAGCAUAUGUCCUUGGCUUUACUGAGUUUAUGUGUGGUCCACCCAAAGUUUAACACAGAGUAUGGUGUAUAAAAAAAUAAUAAUAAUAAAAAAAAUCUGUUUAGUAAUAUUCUGUGCAAAAAAAGAUUGUAAUGUUUUCUAUUAAAAAAAAUCAUUCAUAUAAAUAUUUGUUUUUACUUUUUUAAUAAAGUUGCACCUUAUGACUGGUUGUACGUUGAUUAUUCUGCUGC